UACUUCAUACCGACACAUUAUAAUUAAUGAGUGUGGGGGUAUAAAAGCGACUUAACGGGACGAAACGGGAAAUACCGGUGUAGUUUGGCGAUACGACGGACAACAUACAUAAUGCUACGCGGUGUGUUUGCGCUGCUUGUGCUGGUGGCGCAUGUUGGGUGUUUCCGAGCCCCAAAAGUCCAGUGGGCCAGACCGAGGCUGCCCAACAUCCAGCUGGACGAGGGUGACAGGAAUUACAUCAGCCAUGAAGUCAGCGACCCGGAUGUGGGUCCUCAUGGAAUCACUGCCUUAAAAGACCCGGAUCUUGAAGCGUGUUUUAUCUACAAGUACAUGAAACCCCUCAUUAUACCGCGAGUACAGAGGCACUUCUAUACCAGGACUAAGACCGCUACUGUUCUUCUGACCCCACGGGACAAGAAGCAAUUCCGUCAGUCCGUCGGCCCCGCUGUUGACAAGCUGUGCAACUCGGUGAAAUCCUUCUGGCUUGACGAGUUCAUGCUGUAUCAAUACAUGAGCAAUCAGCUCUACCCCAGGAACGCCCCACCCCCUCCUGUCCAGAGCUCCGACCUGCCCGAGGGUGACGAUGAGAACUUGGCCCCCGCCAUGAUCUUCCCAACCCCUCCCCCUCUUCACGAAACCCACGUGAUACGCACGCCUCCACCGCUUCCGAACCAUGAAGUGAAAGCGCCACCUGGACUCGCGAGGGUAGACCACCACGGGACCCCACCCAACGCACACAGAAUGAAAGUCCCUCCACCCCUUCAUGAAGUUAAAACGCCACCUGCACUUGAAAGGGGAGACAAUGACGAUCCCCCACAAAUCGCACACAGAAUGCGAACCCCUCCACCACUCAUGAGAGCACCCCCUCCACUGUAAUGUACUUUUACAUAAUGACCAUUAGUUGUUGUUUUAAAAUAAUUUCUUGGUUUACGGAUCCAACGACCAAACAUUUCUCAAAUGUUUAAAAAUACAAUUGAAAUUUUUUAAAUCUUUUUUGUAACCUCUGAGUAUCGUUACCAACUUCAGCAACCUCCAAAGUUGGCCGUUAAUGAAAGUAAUAAUUUUACUUUUCAUCCCCCUGAACAUUUUAUUUGACUCUUUAUUUGUUUCAUAUUUCCAAUCCAUGCUGGUAAGGGAACACUGAAAGUAAAAGAUGUAUCUCAAUAUUUAAUCUCGACCUAGCUGCGGUAAACGUAUCUCUGUGCUGCUCUCUAUAAACGGUUCUGAUUUUGAGGUGUCUCUACACAGAGCUACGGGUUGUUCCAUUGUGAAAACAGCGAACCUAUUUGUUCAGAAAACGAUCCGUAAACCAAUAAAAUAUAAUGCAUCCAAAGAUACAUAAUAAAUAAAUCUGCAACUGUAA